AGAGGUCGAAGCGGUGGGAAUGUACUGGGAAGAGCGAAGGUUGUCCGGUCACAUUCGUAGCUUGUCCUCGCUUCUCCGUGAGCCCACCAGCUCUCUUCCAGGCCGACGGACUCGCAUCUGAGGCUCGUGACGGCGGCUGCUGCCUGGAGACUGAGCAAACGGCUCCUCUGGAGCUCCACUGCGGCGUUAGAGUUACUCAUGUAACGAGGAUGUCCGACGGCUUGUGUGAGGAGUGGUGAUAGGAGGGCUGUUAGUCAGUGUUCAUGUGGCGAACACAGCAAGAUGUUGCUUCUCUUUCCUCAAAUGAAAACGGGUGGUCGAUAGAGGCACUUGAUGGUGUAUGGUGCUGAGACACUGGCUGUUUCUACAAAGAAGGACGGCUCAAACACAGACACACCUCUGCUGCCUCGGGUCAGUCUGAGCUCAUGGUGUGUGCUCGCUGGGAUAAACUAGUGGCCUGGCCAAAGAGCGCAGUGUUGCUACACACAAUAACGCCCACACAGGAUGUCGUGGGCCAGAGGCCUGUUUGUAGGCACAGUGGAUGAGCGAAAGACAGCAUGGGGAGAGCGCAAUGGCAGAAAGAGAAAGGACAGCUCGUCAUUGUGCAACCCACACUACAUGAGCUGCUUGAGGGACCCUGAGGACCUGGACCUCCCUAAUGCGUCCCCCCAGCAUUACCGUUGCGGAGCAGGUCCUAGUGGGAGCAGCUUUGGCUUGCGCUGUGGCUGGCAGGAGGACCACUAUGGGAAGAGGAUGGGUGGCGGAGCCCUGGGUCCAAAGGCUGUGGACCUGGGCUUUGAAGAUGUGGAGCUGAAGGGCAGGAAGGAGGAGGAAUUAGGGGAACUAGCAGAGGGCUGCUGCAAUGCGCUGGCUGCAGCAGACUGCUGGAUGCGGGUUAUGUGGGUUUUCCAGUCUAAGAAAUUUCAGUCUGCCAAGCUGGAGCGUCUGUACCAGCGCUACUUCUUCAGGCUCAACCAGAGCUCUCUGACAAUGCUGAUGGGGGUGCUGGUGCUGGUGUGUGCGGUCAUGCUGGCCUUCCACUGCAUCCACACGCCCCCCGACGUGGCCUACGUCUCAGUACUCUCUGUGGCCAUGGCUAUCUUCCUGGCCAUGAUGGUUGUGUGCAACCGCAACGGCUUCCACCAAGACUACAUGUGGAUUGUGAGCUACCUGGUGAUCGGGAUGCUGAUUGUAGUGCAGGUUUUCGGGGUGCUGAUGGUUUACCCCCCUAGUGCCUCAGAGGGCAUCUGGUGGACGGUCUUCUUCAUCUACAUUAUCUACACACUGCUGCCGGUCCGAAUGAGAGCUGCUGUGGUCAGUGGAGCUGUGCUGUCCACCAUACACCUCGUGAUCGCCUGGCAGCUCAACCAAGAGUACAAGUUCAUUUUCAAACAGAUCAGUGCCAAUGUGCUGAUCUUCCUGUGCACUAACAUGAUCGGGAUCUGUACCCACUACCCUGCUGAGGUCUCUCAGAGACAAGCCUUCCAGGAGACGAGAGGUUAUAUCCAGGCGAGACUGCACCUGCAGAGGGAAAACCAGCAGCAGGAGCGCCUACUGCUCUCAGUGCUUCCAAGGCACGUUGCCAUGGAGAUGAAGGCUGACAUCAAUGCCAAGAAGGAAGAUAUGAUGUUCCACAAGAUCUACAUCCAGAAACACGACAAUGUCAGCAUACUGUUUGCAGACAUCGAGGGCUUCACGAGCCUGGCCUCUCAAUGCACGGCCCAGGAGCUGAUCAUGACGCUCAACGAGCUGUUCGCCCGCUUUGACAAGCUGGCCUCGGAGAACCACUGUCUGCGUAUAAAAAUCCUAGGGGACUGUUACUACUGUGUGUCAGGGCUGCCCGAGCCCCGGGCUGACCAUGCCCACUGCUGUGUGGAGAUGGGAGUAGACAUGAUUGAGGCCAUCUCGCUGGUGAGAGAGGUUACGGGUGUUAAUGUGAACAUGCGGGUGGGCAUCCACAGCGGGCGUGUUCACUGUGGGGUGCUGGGCCUACGCAAGUGGCAGUUUGACGUCUGGUCCAACGAUGUAACGCUUGCUAACCAAAUGGAGGCCGGGGGAAAGGCAGGGCGGAUCCACAUCACAAAGGCCACACUACAGUAUCUGAACGAAGACUACGAUGUGGAGCCGGGAUUUGGAGGAGAGAGGAAUGCUUACGUGAAGAAGAACAACAUUGAAACCUUCUUGGUGCUGGGCUGCAGCCAAAAGAGGAAAGACGAGAAAGCCCUGAUGGCCAAGAUGCAGCGGGCGCGUGCAAAUUCUGUCGAGGGAUUGAUGCCACGCUGGGUGCCUGACCGAAACUUCUCCAGAACCAAGGAGUCCAAAGUCUUCAGGCAGAUGGGCAUUGAUGAAGCAUCCAGCAAAGACAACCGCUGUGCUCAGGAGGCCCUGAACCCUGAGGAUGAGGUGGAUGAGUUUCUUGGUCGGGCCAUCGACGCUCGCAGCAUCGACCAGCUGAGGAAGGAUCACGUUAAGAAGUUCCUCCUCACCUUUCAGGCCGCCGACCUCGAGGAAAAGUACUCCAAAAAGGUUGAUGAUCGUUUUGGGGGAUAUGUGGCCUGCACACUCCUUGUUUUCUGUUGCAUUUGUUUCAUUCAGAUUAUCAUUUUCCCAAAAACAACACUUAUGCUCGGUCUUUACAUCAGCAUUUUCAUCAUCCUCACCAACAUCCUCUUCAUCUGUGCCAUCUACUCCUGCAUCAAACUCUUCCCAGCUGCCUUGCAGACUGUAACCAAGAAAAUAGUCCAGUCUCGUGCAAACAGCACACUGGUGGGCGUCUUCACCAUCCUCCUCCUCUUCAUUUCCUCCUUUGCUAACAUGUUUACCUGCAGCAGAGAAAAUCUGGAGGACUGCGUGGCCAACGAGCUGAACACAACGGUAACUCUCUGCCUGCUGCACAACCUGACCAGGACAGCGGAGGACGGGUUGACUCUGUGUUCGAGCCAGACCAUGCCCUGCCAUUUCCCAGAGUAUUUCAGCUACAGUGUACUGCUGACCCUGCUGGCCUGCUCUGUGUUCCUCCACAUCAGCAGCAUAGGGAAGCUGGCUCUGAUGCUGCUCAUCCAAUUCACUUUCCUCCUGCUGGUGGAGUGGCCUCAGGUGGCCUUGUUUGACAACGCAGACCUUCUGGUCAUUGCCAACACCCUGCAAUUAUCACCUGUUAAUGAUUCCCUACAACAGCCUGGUUUCAAUGAAACUGCAGAGCAGUGCCUGGAGAGUGUGACCAAGGUAUCCUUAAAGGUCAUGACCCCUGUUAUCCUGACGGUGUUUGUUCUGGCUCUCUACUUGCACGGCCAGCAGGUGGAGUCCACCGCACGCCUUGACUUCCUCUGGAAGCUUCAGGCCACUGAAGAGAAGGAAGAGAUGGAGGAGCUGCAGGCGUACAACCGGCGCCUGCUCCACAACAUCCUGCCCAAGGAUGUAGCCGCCCACUUUCUUGCACGGGAGCGUCGGAACGACGAGUUGUACUACCAGUCGUGUGAGUGCGUUGCUGUCAUGUUUGCCUCCAUCAGCAACUUCUCUGAGUUUUACGUGGAGCUGGAGGCGAACAACGAGGGAGUGGAGUGUCUCAGGCUGCUCAAUGAGAUCAUCGCCGAUUUUGACGAGAUUAUCAGUGAGGAUAAGUUUCGUCAACUGGAGAAAAUCAAGACCAUCGGCUCCACCUACAUGGCAGCCUCUGGUCUUAACGACUCCACCUACGACAAAAAGGGCCGUUCACACAUCCUGGCUCUGGCCGACUACGCCAUGAGGCUAAGGGAGCAGAUGAAAUACAUCAACGAGCACUCCUUCAACAACUUCCAGAUGAAGAUAGGGUUGAACAUGGGGCCGGUGGUAGCGGGGGUGAUUGGAGCCAAGAAACCCCAGUAUGACAUCUGGGGGAACACAGUCAAUGUGGCCAGCCGAAUGGACAGCACAGGAGUACCAGACUGCAUCCAGGUGACCACAGACUUAUACCACGUACUGGUCAACAACGGAUACCAGCUGGACUGUCGAGGUGUUGUCAAGGUGAAGGGGAAGGGGGAGAUGACCACUUACUUCCUCACCAGCGGUCCUCCGGUCAGUUAACGGCAGGCAGGCCGACCGCAGCGUGACAAGACAGAGACUGCAAAGAGACCGAGUGGUCAGCUCGCCAUGAGCACCGAAGCCCGGUGCGAACACACCGGGGACAGAAGUCGCUCAAUGGAGACGAGCUCGCCCCGUCUGUAUUUGGUCACGUACUCAGAUGCACAUGUAGGACGUAGUUCAUGUUCCAAGGCUUCCCCCCUCAAGCUGCUCGAGAGAUCUCAAAGCCCAGUUGCCUUAGGACGGAAGCGACUUUGCUUGUGUUUAUAAGCAAUAGUACUUAGUAUUUCAUCUGGACUCGUUAUUUAUUUUGGUGCGGAUGGAUUUUUGUGAUGACCUUGUACAAAAAAAUAUAUAUAUAUAUAUAUAUAUAUAUAUAUACAGUACACACACACACAAAAAAAGAUGUUACUUAAAAGAAAAUAUGCAAGGACAACAUCAAGGAUGAAAAUGACCAAAGAACAAAUGUUUGAUAUAAAAGAAAAACACACUAAUGAUUCUGUUAAAGAGUACAGUAAACUGAAGUAAUUUAUUCUUCUUUGGACAGCAAAGGCCACGGUACCAUCGCUGUCGUUGACAGGGACGAACACUUUCUAUUAUUGUUGUGAACUUAUUCAUGAAGGAGAACACACGCACACAAUCGCAGAUAGAAAACACUCAUAAUAACCUUGGCUUGGACUUCUGUGUUUCUUAUCAGGGCCUUCUUUGUUUCUUUUAGCCUGUCAUCAGCCACAGUCUGGACACGGGGCGGUUUGUGGUUUACUGAAAUGUGCGAUCGAUUACUCGCUCCCCGCAAUGUACUUUUGGUUCAAGCCAAAAACAAGAAGUAUGAAAUGAAGGAAGAGCAGUUGCAUUAGUAUCCUGGUACUGAAGAGAGAUUCUGAAACUGUUAUGAAACUGCGUGUGGGUGUGUAUAUGUGUGUAUAUGUGUGUGCGUGCUCGCGCGUCUGUGUGUGUGUGUGUGUGUGUGUGUGGCUAAAUGCUGAUCUUUAUCUAGGGGCAUACUGUAACUUUUCACUGUGAGGUUUUUAUGAUACUGUAUGACGAUGCUUUCUUGCCAAACUGGUUGCUGCAAGGCAUGUUUUAUAUUAUUCCUCAAAGUUUGUUCAUUCCUGAUUUCUCUUGUCAAAACAAUAAUUUUAAGAGAAUUGUUCUACUUCGCCUUUUACUGGUCUAUGAUUUCACUCCAACCUAAAUAAGCAAAAACAUAUGAAACAUUUAUUUUGGAUUGUGUUACAAGUGUGAACGUAAGGUGGUUCCCUGGCGGCUUCGAGAUGAACUGAAUGCAGGAGUUCUCUGUGCUCACAAGUAUUCCCUUGAGAUUAUGCAGUUCCAAGAUUAGCAUACUUCAUGGGUGAAUAUUCACAACUUUACACAACAGUAUUUGACCCCAUCUGGUUAUAUUUGGCACAUGGAGGCUUGUAACCCCCUAAAUUAGUCUUUUGAAACAAUAAUCAUAUGAAUGUAUGUAAUAAUUGCUAUCUUUGUCCACAGUGAAACUAUACUUCUGAAGAAACACACUACACAUGGCCUUUACAUUGUACUAGACCAAAUUUAUUGGAUGACACAUUUGCUGAAAAGUGAACUGCAUUUUAUAUUUAGACAAGCGUUACUCCUGUUGUAGAAAUGCUCACUUUUUGGUCUGAGCCAAAAAAUGAGCCUUCAUCGGCUACAAAAAACAUUCUCGCUUUUUUUCUGUCCUUAAAAUGAAAGGUCAACUAAACAUUUGCAUUUUCCUUUAAAAAGUGUCAGAGUUUAAGAAAUAGUGCAAUGAUUGAUUUGAUUAAUUUACCUUUGAACAAUAAAUUAAUAAAUUUC